GUGAUUGUUUUUUUAAUAAUGUUGUGUCCAGUGGGAGGAUGAGCCGAGCAACCAGCAGCAGACCGCCCGAGCUGCCGAUGAGGGUGAAGGACAGCAACAGGAUGAGCAAUGUGUACACAACGCCCCAGAAUAAACAGCCUUCGUUUGGAAAACUCAGCAUACCCAAACCACAGAGUGUGACCUCUGACCGACGAACCAGCUUCUUCGGUGCCCGGACGAGUGGAGCCAGCAUGCGUCGCAACAGCACCAUGUCUGGCUUUGGAGGAACUGAGAAGAUUAAAGACGCCAGACCUCUGCAUGAUAAAUCUUACGUUCAGCAGUGUAUCAGGCAGCUGCAUGAGUUUUUGACGGAGCAGGGUUACCCAGGCACUCUGUCACCCAAGACUCUCCAGUCUCCCUCGACCAAGGAGUUUGUGAAAAUGUUUGAGUUUGUCUACCGUCAGCUCGACCCGACCUUUGAGAUGCCAAACUCUAAAGUGGAGGAGGAGGUUCCAGCUAUCCUCAAAGCUCUGAGGUAUCCAUUUGUCCUCUCAAAGUGUUCAAUGUAUUCUGUUGGAGCUCCUCAUACCUGGCCUCAGGCCCUGGGUGCUCUCAUGUGGCUGAUUGACAACGCUAAGAUCAACUGGAGUUUGAGUAAACAGGAGCUGCUGUUCAGCGACUUUUGUGAAGACAGUGACAACAUCGAGGAAGGGGCCGAUUAUAACAAGCUCUUCUUGGAUUACACAGCAGAGACAUACUGCAAGUUCAUGCAGGGUGUUGACACGUAUGAGGAUGAGGAUGAAUCAUUCCUCAGUAAACUAAAGAAGCUUUACAACGUUGACGAAUGCCUGCUGGCCUCGAUGUUGGAGAAGCACCGAAUACUCAGUGAUGAGGUUGAACUGCUGGAGAAGGAGAGCCAGACGGACCGACUAAUGACAAAGAGGAUGGAAAGGAUGAAGCUGCAGGCCGACCUCAAGAAGCUCCAGAGUUACCGGAGCAGCCAGGAGUCCUUUAAAGCCAACCUGGAAAACAAAGCCUCAGAACUGAAAGAUGACCUGGAGACCACUGCCAGUCAUCUGGAGACUCUGAAACAUGAGCAGGAUGAACUGCAGCACCUCCUGCAGAACCAGAAGUUUACACCAGCUGACGUAGAGAGGAUCAACAGAGAGAAGAGAGAACUCCAACAGACCCUCACCGGUAUCAGCAAGAGCCUGGAGGAUUCUGAGCAGCACAAGUGGAACGAAGAGAUCGCUCUGGCCAAAGUGAACGAGAAGGCUGAGUUGAAGGUGGCGGAGUACCACAAGCUGGCACGUAAACUGAAGCUGAUACCGCUGUCCGCAGAGAACGCCUGUGGUCAUGAUUUUGAGAUCAGGCCUUUUGAAUGUGGACCCAACGGCAUGGUUCAGCAUAAAACACAGAUACAGAUGCUGCUGAGAAAGCUGGUCGGUGACGUGGAGGAGGAGAACAGCCGAUUAGCCAACAUGAGCCUCAGUCUGGAGGAGUCUUGUGAACAGUUGAAUUCUAACAUCUUGGACAAGUCCAACGAUCUGAAGCAGCUGAGAGAGCAAAUUCGCAAGGUGGACGAACGGUUGGAUUCUGACAUGCAGGAGCUGGCUCAAGAGGAGCAGGAUUGGGCAGCAGAGAUUGAGUCAGUGGACAACCAUCGUAAACUUCUGGAGAAAAAAGUCAACUAUGGUUACGAUGAAUCAGUGCAACACCUGAAGGCAGCACAACAACAGUACCACCUGGUGCUGCAGGAGACCAAUGAGGAGAGGCGAAUGGUGGCCAACAACCUGACGUCUGUGUUCACCACAGCAGCCAACCACUUGUCAAUCACAGAGAAGUGUCUGGAUGAUCUGCACAGCCGAAUGCAGCGCUCCUGCUCGAAGGCCGUGGAAGAGGAUACUGCUGCUGUGCAGAACAUGCAGGAAGCUUUGAAGAGCUUCAAGUCCAAGGCCACCAGUCUGUAAAGAGAGACGACGAGAUGACGGUCCCUCGGCCAUUUCAGGGACCUUAGGACAUGCGUGUUAUUUGUGUUUUCAUCCUGAAAAGAAGAAACUUAAUUUUUCCUUCAUGUCUUUUUAAAUAUAUUCUCAAAAUGUACGACUCCAUCCUUAGAUAAACAUAAUUUCACCAGCAGUGUGAUUUUGCCAUCACAGAUACUUUGUAAAUACAGUGGUUGCAUCAACAUGGAGGCUUGAAGUUUGAUAUGUUUAGUUAAAUGGUUUUUACUGACUCCACAUUUUCACGUGUGAUUUUCUAACAACACUUUUGUUAUUAUAUUAUUAAACAUGUAAAAUAAAAAAUACUUAAAAACG